CGAGUCCUAGAUCAUAGCGGUAUUGGAUGCUUCUUUAUAAAGCUAUGAGAGUGUUUAAAUCUUUCAAAAUCGCUCUCAAACUCGACGCUCUCGUCCUUCCGCCAUUCUCGUUCCGCAGUUCCAUCGCCAGGUUUUCAACCUCUCUUGGCGCCCCCAAAUACCCCAGAACAACCAGACCUCCAUUGAUUCUGUCUACGAAAUCAAUGGCGUCGUCAAUCUCUUCGCCGAAACCAGUCGUUCAAGUCAAAGACAAGAUUGAACUCACUGAAAUCGAGGAGAAGAUAUUUAAUAGGCUUCUUGGCACUCUUCGUCACUUCAAUCUCGAAACGCAGCUUCGAGUUGCCGGCGGUUGGGUUCGCGAUAAGCUUCUAGGCAAAGAUUGUUACGACAUUGACAUCGCCCUGGACAACAUGCUGGGUAGCGAGUUUGUGGACAAGGUUAGAGAGUAUUUGUUGACAGUUGGGGAAGAGGCGCAAGGAGUCGCUGUUAUUCCAUGUAACCCUGAGCAAUCAAAACAUCUAGAAACAGCAAGGAUGCGUAUCUUUGAUAUAUGGAUUGAUUUUGUGAACUUGAGGUGUGAGGAAUACAGUGAGAAUAGCCGAAUUCCUACUAAGCAAAAGUUCGGGACGGCUGAAGAGGAUGCUUAUAGAAGGGAUUUAACGAUCAAUAGCUUGUUCUAUAACAUUAACUCGAGCUUAGUUGAAGAUAUGACGAAAAGAGGCAUAUCGGAUUUGAAGUUUGGGAAAAUUGUGACUCCUUUACCUCCGAAAGCUACAUUUAUGGAUGAUCCGCUUCGAGUCCUUCGAGCCAUACGUUUCUGUGCCAGAUUUGAAUUCACAUUGGACGAAGAAUUGAAAGUUGCCGCAUCAUGUGAAGAAGUAAAGGCUGCUCUCGCUACCAAGAUUAGCAGAGAACGUAUCGGGGUCGAAAUCGAUCUCAUGAUGGCUGGGAAUCAGCCAGUUAAAGCAAUGAGCUACAUUUGUGAUUUGACAUUAUUUUGGACUGUCUUUACACUUCCUUCUAACACUGAACCCGAAAUACCAGACGUGUGUAAUAGGCUUUGCAUUGCUUGUCAAGAGGCCACAUGGAACCUCCUCCAACUAAUCAAAUGCGUCACCUUUAAUGACGAACAGAAAAGGCUCUCUAUGUAUGCUGCUCUCUUCCUUCCAAUCAGAAAAUUCACAUUUAAAGAUAAGAAAUCCAAAAAGAUUCCUGUUGUCAACCAUAUUUUUCGGGAAUCCCUUAAGCGAAAAGUUAGCGAUGCCGAAACGGUUGUUCAACUACAUCACGCCUUGGAAAAGUUUUUGACCUUGAUUCCGCUUCUUGUAUCGAAAGAGGAAAUCCAACCCAAUGGCGUUGAUUGGGGUGUUGAAUGUGCGGAUGUUCCUGAUACGUCAAGGAUUCGAGUAUUGACUGGGCUUCUUUUGCGGGAAAUUAAAGACUUCUGGCCUGUAGCUUUAUUGUUGGCCACGUUGUUAUAUCCCGCUAAUGUAGAUUAUACCGAAGAUCUGUUAAACAGACGUUUCGAACUGGAAAAGCGAACAGAAUUGUUUGAUGUCGCCUACAAUGAGAUCGUUAAAUUAGGUUUGCAAAAUGUGUGGGAGGUGAAACCUCUUGUGAAUGGGAAAGAGAUUAUGAACAUUUUGCAGCUAAAAUCAGGAGGACCUCUUGUUAGAGAAUGGCAACAAAAGAUAUUUGCAUGGCAGCCUGCCUGUACGCCGGUGCACAAGCAUUUACCAAGCAGGAAAGACCAGACUACGAAAAACAUCCCUAAUUUACAAUCCGUGCAGGAAAAAUUUGAACAGAUAGUUUCCUAAAAGGUCAGGUAAAUUGUAAUAGGAGGCAAAUAUCUAGAAAUUUGUCAA